GGAGCCGGCAUGCCGGCGCCCCCGCCGCGCCGCAGGCUUCCCUGCUAGGAGCCAGGAGGGCCGCGCUGAAUGCGCCCGCGUCACCCAGCGAGAGCAGGACCCCCGUCCCGCACCGGGCGCCAGGCGGACAUGGCUGACGCAGAGGAGGGUUUUGCUUUGGCACACACACCCCUGGACCCUGACUCCAAGGAUCUGUCAUGUGACUCGAAGCCGGAGGGUGCACUGGGGGCCCCCAGCAAGUCCCCCUCCUCCCCUCAGGCCGCCUUCACCCAGCAGGGCAUGGAGGGGAUCAAGGUGUUUCUCCACGAACGAGAGCUGUGGCUGAAGUUCCACGAAGUGGGGACGGAGAUGAUCAUCACCAAGGCCGGCAGGCGGAUGUUCCCCAGUUACAAAGUCAAGGUGACGGGCCUGAAUCCCAAAACGAAGUACAUCCUUCUCAUGGACAUAGUUCCCGCAGACGACCACAGAUACAAGUUUGCGGAUAAUAAAUGGUCGGUGACGGGCAAAGCGGAGCCUGCCAUGCCCGGCCGCCUCUACGUGCACCCUGACUCGCCGGCCACCGGGGCCCACUGGAUGCGGCAGCUCGUGUCCUUCCAGAAGCUUAAACUCACCAACAACCACCUGGACCCGUUUGGGCACAUUAUCCUAAAUUCCAUGCACAAAUACCAGCCCAGAUUGCAUAUUGUGAAAGCGGACGAAAAUAAUGGAUUUGGCUCCAAAAACACGGCCUUCUGCACCCACGUCUUCCCGGAGACGGCGUUCAUCGCGGUGACCUCCUACCAAAACCACAAGACUCGUGACAGUCUGUCAUUCAUUCAUCACACUCCGGGGGGACUGGAGCUGGGGUUUGGGGUCCGGGCGCUGGCCCAGGAGAAGGUACUGCCCGCCUUGGAGCAGCUGCGGCGCCGGGCAGAGACUCGGGCACCUACUGGCCUCGGCGCGGUCCAGGCCGGUGGUUGUGGGAGCACUGUGUCCGUGAGCCCGGGGCUUUGCCAGCUGCGCAAUCGGGAUAUGAAGCGAAUUCCGUUCCUCUGGGCCCCGGGGGGGGGGGCGCCCGGGGAUGGCCCCCCCAUGGUCGGAGACGACCUCCCCCGCACCCCGGGGGCUCCCAAAGAGUACCCAGUGGUUCCCAGGAGCACCGUGCGGCAGAAGGUGGCCCCCAACCACAGCCCCUUCAGCAGCGAGCCCCGGGCGCUGUCCGCCUCCUCCAACCUGGGGUCCCAGUACCAGUGUGAGAACGGCGUGUCGGGCCCGUCCCAGGAGCUGCUGUCCCCGCCCAACCCCUACCCGCUGGCCCCGGAGCACGGACCCCUCUACCACUGCUCCAAGCGGAAAGAUGACGAGUGCGCCCCGUCGGCCGACCACCCCUACAAGAAGCCCUACAUGGAGACGCCCCCCGGUGAGGAGGAGCCCUUCUACCGCGCGGGCUACGCCCCGCCGCAGAGCCUGGGCGCCGCGUACCGGACCGAGUCGGGCCAGCGGCAGGCCUGCAUGUACGCCAGCGCGGCGCCGGCCGGCGAGCCCAGCCUGGAGGACAUCAGCUGCAACACGUGGCCGGCGGCCGUGCCGUCCUACAGCAGCUGCCCCGUGGCCGCCGUGCCGCCCGUGGACCGGCUCCCCUACCAGCACUUCUCCGCCCACUUCUCCUCGGGGCCGCUGGUGCCCCGGCUGGCGGGCAUGGCCAACCACGGCUCCCCGCAGCUGCCCGACGGCAUGUUCCCGCACCAGGGCUCCGUGCCGCACCCCCCGCCCGUGGCCCGGCCGUGCGGGCCGCAGACCGGCGUGCAGUCCCCGGGCGGGCUCCAGCCCUCGGAGUUCCUCUACCCCCACGGCGUGCCUCGGACCCUCUCGCCGCACCAGUACCACGCCGUGCACGGGGUGGGCAUGGUCCCCGAGUGGGGGGAGAACAGCUAA